AUGGCGAAUGAAUAUGUUGAGGGUAUAGAACUUUCUGAUCCUAAAAAUAUUUCUACACUUAACCCUGACGCUGCUAACCCCGAGGAAUUAAAACGUAUAAUAAUUGGAUUGACUAAACUUGAAGGAAAUUGGGUAUCGUCAGAGUCUUAUACGCUCAAUUUAAGUCAGUCUCCGUUAAGUGAACUAGACAGCCAUAACUUAUUCACGAAAAAUAUUGAAGGUCUUUGGGAAUCUCCGACGUUCAAAACAUUCAAAACGCUACUUGACAAUUAUCAUGCUUCGCGUGGUAUUAACGAAGAAUUUACCAAACUGCAAGAAAAGGAAAUCGACGACUUUAUUAGAGCCAUUUAUCUUACUAAACCUAUUCAAUAUAUUUUUAAGGCCCUCUACGAUCAGUUCAAGUACAAAGGCACUCAUACACAAAGAGCAUCUGAAUUUAAACGUAUGCUUAGAAGAAUUUGGUUCAAUUUACGCAGUUCUGGAGAGGUUGAUAAUAAGAAUAUAAAGGAUACAAGUGCUUUUGAACACAUUUUUCUUGGAGAAAUAAAGAAGACAGGAGCAACAGGUCUUCAUAAUUGGCUUAGCUUGAGUUAUAUCCAAGCAAGUGCAGAUGAUAAAACCAUUCCAGGACAUCAAGAAUUCGGUGAAGAUAAAGCACUAAAAAGCAAAAUUAUAUAUAAUGGAACUAAAGCUCCAGACGACUUUCUUGGAUACAAAGCAGCUGAAAAGGAUCCCGUCAUUUCAAUUACUUUUGAUUAUGUUCUGAUGAGGGCGGACAAAACCGAAGCUAUAAAAGAAAAGAAGAAGUUAUCUACUCUUUUUAUGGGCACGACACCAGAAUUCGAAAUAGCUUUGUAUACGUUGUUUGCACGCUACUAUAAGAAUUCCAAGAAUUUCAAUGGAGUAGUAAAUGAUAUUUUUAUUCCACCCUACAGAAUAGAUAUCCACCUAAUAAAAUCCGGUGGGAAAAUUGUGACUGCAUUUCCAGCUAUAAAGGGAAGAAUGCCAUCCACCGAAAAAAAUAUUAUGGCUGCACACCUUUAA